UCUGUUUGUCUGUUUGUCUGUUUGUCUGUUACUCUGUAUCUCACUCCUCGAACGUCUGUUCGUCCCAGAAACGAUACCAUCUACCCAACGGGCGACGAAGGGUAUGGGUAUCGACAUAGACCCCACCACCCUCUUCAGUACCAUGUUUGGAGGAGGAAUGGGAGGAUUCAGUUUCACUGGAGGUCAUUGUGGGCGGAGCCACACAUUCUCCUUUGGUGGUGGACCUGGAGAGUAUACCUACAUGUUUUAACUCUCUCUCUCUCUCUCUCCUUCAUCAAGACCCACACCUCAUUAACUCUCUCUCCUUCCUCUCCCUCUCCUUCAUCAAGACCCACACCUCAUUCUGAACUC